AUGAUACAGUCAGACAAAGCCAAAGGUCCAUCUGACAAGGACAUGGAGUUUUCUACAUCAGCCAGCCCUGAGAAUGGUUUCUCCCGAAUCUUGAGGCUUGUGUUGAAAGAGCUGGAUGUGUUUUAUAGGCGCGACCUGGCGGGAUUGCAGCUGCUUUAUGAUCUCCUGCAAACGCCCUGGCUACAAGCGCUGCUGAAGGUCUAUGACUGCCUGCAAGAAUUUAAAGAAAAGAAAUUCAUUCCCCAUUGCCUCGAUGCAAAGGCUCUGUGCUCUGAGGUUGCAGAGAUAUUACAUAAAACCCAUAAUUCUUCUGAGAUCCAAGAACUGAGGCAAAUCCUUCAAGGUCCACAUUUUAAGGCCUUGCUUAGUGUCCAUGACACUGUAGCCCAGAAAGAUUUUGAGCCCCUUCUCCCUCCACUGCCAGAUGACAUUCCCAAGAGUGAAGAAGCCAUGAGGAUUGUUUGUUUGGUGAAAAACCAGCAGUCUCUGGGAGUGACCAUCAAGCUCCAGGAGAUGACAGGAGACCUUCUUGUGGCCAGAGUCUUCCACGGCGGGCUGGCAGAGAAGAGUGGGUUGUUGUAUGCUGGAGACAAGCUGGUAGAAGUCAAUGGCAUUUCUGUGGAGGGACUGGACCCUGAGCAAGUCAUCCACAUUCUGGCUCUGUCUUGUGGCACAGUCAUGUUCAAGGUGAUUCCAGCUUCUGACACUCCCAUUAAUAGCCAGAAGAUGGUGUAUGUUCGUGCCAUGACUGAGUACUGGCCCCAGGAAGAUCCCACCAUCCCCUGCAUGGAUGCAGGGCUGCCUUUCCAGAAGGGUGACAUCCUCCAAAUUGUGGACCAGAAUGACGCCCUCUGGUGGCAGGCCCGGAAACUCUCAGACAGUGGGGCCUGUGCAGGCCUAAUCCCUUCUAACCACCUUCUCAAGAGGAAGCAUCGAGAAUUCUGGUGGUCUCAGCCGUCCCAGCCUCACAUCCAACACAAAUCACCCAUAACUAUUUCUUUGGAAGAAGAAGACGACAUAAAAAUUGAUGAGAAGUGUGUGGAGACAGAUGAAGAAACAUUCGAAUCUGAGGAACUUUCUGAAGACAAGGAGGAAUUUGUGAGCAAUGGUCAGCUCUUGAUUGCUGGCUUUCGCCGCAGCCUGCGCCGUUCCCGCCUCAAGUCCAAUCGCUACGCGCAAGCCUGCUCCUGCCAUGCGGGGUUUGUUCCUUAUGAGACCGUGGUGAGGUACCAGCGAUGCCCUUCAGACAAGCACCGCCUCAUAGUGCUCGUGGGACCUUCUGGUGUUGGCGUGAAUGAACUGAGAAGACAACUUAUUGAACAUGAUCCUACCCAUUUUCGAAGUGCUGUUCCACAUACAACUCGUUGCAAAAGGAGUUAUGAACUGAAUGGACGUGAGUAUCACUAUGUGUCAAAGGAAACAUUUGAAAACCUCGUGCAUAGUCGCAGGAUGCUUGAGCAUAGUGAAUACAAAGGGCACCUCUAUGGUACCAGUGUGGACUCGGUGAAUGCAGUCCUUGAGGAAGGAAAGAUCUGUGUCCUGGACUUGGAGCCUCAGUGUAUUCAAGUGACUCGAACCCAUGAACUGAAACCUUAUGUCAUAUUUAUAAAGCCACCUAAGAUGAGCUAUCUGAAGCAAUCUCGGAAAAAUGCCAAGAUCAUUACAGAGUACUUUGUGGACAUGAAAUUCAAGGAUGAAGAUCUACAGGAGAUGGAGGAUUUGGCCCAAAAAAUGGAAACUCAGUUUGGGCAGUUCUUUGACCACAUGAUUAUAAAUGACAACUUGCAAGAUGCAUGCACGCAGUUGCUGUCAGCAGUUCAAAAGGCUCAAGAGGAGCCACAGUGGAUACCAGCAGCAUGGAUUUCCUCUGACACUGUCUAAUCUUUAAGGAAAUGGAAAAGACAGAUAGGAUAGUGGAUGGGGCAUGUAAUAGCCUGUCUGGGUUCUAUCCCUGAGACCCCAUAUGGUUACCACCUAUACUUCUCCCCACUCCCCAACUCCCAGCUUCAUGAUUCCUGAGGAAAGAAGUCAGGAGUAAGCACUGAGGGUAG